CGUAACGAACAAAACAACACCGAACAUGGCCAUUGUCUUGCCAAAUCGAGCAUUAGGAACGGUGCGAAGGAUUACAGAGGAUGAACGACGUUUUCGGGGGAAGGAAACACAAAGUAGAAGAAGCAAUCUUAUCAAAUCGAGAAAGAAAACGAAGCAACAAUGGAGAGCAAGGACGUGGAUAUCAAAGGCUUGGAAACAGCAAACUUUGCCACCAUCACGGUCGACGCCUUGAAGCGUCUUGUCCCUGUACCAGGCGAUACUAUCCAUCUAAUUUUGGAGCCUGACUCUUUAGAUAAGCAUCGGCUGGUUCCUGAAGCUGCCUUGGCAGGAGAGAACUUUGUGAUUUCUCUAAAGCAAACCAAGCAAGAUCGUCAUUGUGGGAAUGUAAGGAUCGAAGGAGAGCUCUUGCUGCAUUACGCUUGUCAGAAAGGAGCAUCUACGGAGGUACUAAAGUACAUCUGGGAGACGGAUCCAAAAGCUGUCAUGCGUGAAUCCAGUAGCAGUGGUGGGGAGCUGCCAAUCCACUCUCUUCUCAAGUUGGACGAAACAAGACCGUCUCUGGAGAAAAUGAAGCUCCUCAUUGAAGCCUAUCCUGAAGCAUUAGCGGUAGCAGACGAAGCGGGUUGUCUGCCAUUGCAUUAUGCAUGCUGGAAUGAGAACAUUUCUGUCGACAUUAUCCAAUAUCUUGUGACACGAUACCCAAAAGGUCUUCACCAGAGAGGUGGCUUUUGUGAUGAACUGCCGCUUUGGUACGCCGUCGAGAGCGAGCUCCCUCUUCAUAUCCUCGUGACACUGCUGCGUCCGUUUCCUCAGGCUGUGUCAGAGUGGGGCUGCUUCCAAAGCGUAUCGGACCAUUACGAUCAAGCGACCACAAAGAUUCUGUUUGAGGCAGCCAAUCAGGCACAGCAAGAAGCAUUGCUAAACGAAGAGCUCGCAUGGGUCAAUGCCAACCUCAGUCAACUGGUUGAACUACUCCAACCUCCAAAGAUGGAACACAACGCACAGCACCAAGAUCUCGAUGAAUGUGCCGUGCCAGUCUUCCACUGGAUUCGAGCACGUGCAGAGCAUUCGAAGGAAACGUUGACGAGGACAUCAUCCAGUUUGGACAACCUGGUGGAGACUGAAUAAGUGUAGUACAGCAGAGGGAGCACAGAGUCGAGACAGCAUGGUGCAUGGGUUGCAUUUCUCGGCUUUGUUUACAAGUAGCUAGUAGAUAUCUAAGAAUGUUAAGAUAUAUGUGAGUACUCUUGGCA